AUGAGUCACGAUUCCAUUCCGAGAUUCGCGCCGAAGCAGUGUUUUUACAGCAAAAGCGCUUGCAGAAUACUCCGAAGAGUUUACAAAAUUCGUCUUCUGAUGAUGACGACAGUCUGGUGGGUUCGUUGA